AAGGUGAUUAGAAAUUCCAGAAAUAGUCGAAAACAACAAAUAUACUCGUACUAUAUAGUAGAGGGAAAAGUAAACUCAGUAAACUCUUCAGAAGCGUGGAAGGGUGAAGAGAUUGUAAUUG